GAUUUCAUCAUUGUGAUAGUUUUCAUUACAUCAAGUAUUAAGAAUAUAGCAACGAGGUUCCGCAACUUGGAAGAGAGACAAUCAUAAGGUUCUGACUUCGAAUCCCCGGGUUACCUCCCUUUAACCCCUUCCUGGGACUUUUGGUGAAGCGCGAGACAAUUUUCGUUCCGAAAAUGCGGCCCAGGGAAAAUUUGUUUGGGAACCACAGCUGUAAGGUGAAACCAUGUCAAAGCAUACACUUGAGCACAAUGCCGUCUUGGGACCCAUUGAAUCUUGCCCAACACUCCAACCCAUGCCAGCAUGGAACACAGACGUUAAACGAGGGUGAUACAGACACACACAUGUUUGUAUAUAGGAGACGGUAAUAUUUAGGUUUAAAAGGGAGUCAUUUGCCGUCCGGCCAUUCCUGUUUAUCGCAAUCCUUUAAUGCGCAUGCUCAACCGGAUAUUCAUCACCAGACACUUAAUGAAUGAAAAUAGUUGUUUUGAAUCUCAUUCAUCGAAAUACUAAUUACAAAUGAUAAGACAAAGAAAAACAAGUUGUAUGUAAUUUAAUCCAUAUAGAUAUACAUACAUACAUUACAGUAAUUCUUGUGUUAUACACGAGAUUGUCUGAUGAUAUUGACAGCAGAGGCUUUUUAACUUGAGAUGAUGGUUUAAAGAAUAAAGGAACGUAUUAUACAAAAAACAUAAAACUAGAUUCAGAUAAACGUCUGGUGGAAUUGCCAUGAAAUAUUUCCAGAGGAUGAGGAUAUUUGUUAGAAAUACAAUAUAAAAAUGGAAAGGAAAUCAUAAGAAAGAAAGGAAGUUUAUGGAAAAUGUCUGAUGUUUGUGCUGCAUUAAAUGUGAAGAAACAAAGCAAAGAGAGUGAUUUACUUGAUAAGAUGUCGAAAAAGAAGGGUAAAACUUCAUAUCAAUGUGAUAUUUGUAAAAAGACAUUCCAGAAAAAACGUGACCUAACUAUUCACAAGAAAAGUCAUUCAGGAGAAAAGCCAUAUCACUGUGAUAUCUGUGGUAAUUUAUUCUUGUUGAAACAUAACUUAACUGUACACAAACGUAUUCACACAGGAGAGAGGCCUUACAGCUGUGAUAUCUGUGGUAAAUCUUUUGCACAAAGUGGUGACCUAAAGGCUCACAAACGCACUCACACAGGAGAAAAACCGUAUCGUUGUGAUAUCUGUGGUAAAUCCUUUUCACAAGGCAACCAAGUUACUAUGCAUAAACGCAUUCAUACAGGAGAGAAACCAUUUCACUGUGAUAUCUGUGGCAAAUCCUUCAUUGGAAAACAUAAGUUAAAGGCUCACAAACGUAUUCAUAAUGGAGAAAAACCUUAUCACUGUGAAAUAUGUGGUAAAUCAUUCAAUGAAAGUUCUAACUUAGCUGUUCACAAACUCACUCAUACAGGAGAGAGGCCACAUCAGUGUGAUGUUUGUGGCAAAUCAUUCUCUCGUAUUCAUCACUUAUCUGUACAUAAACAUAUCCAUUCAGGUGAGAAGCCAUAUCAUUGUGAUAUCUGUGGCAAAUCAUUCUCUCAGGCUAAUACUUUAGCUAAUCACCAAAAAAAGCUUGCAAAUGACAAGCCAUGUCAUUGUGAUGUUUGUGGUAAAUCAUUCUUUCAAACAUGUGAAUUAAAUCAUCACAAAAUUACACACAGGAGAAAAAGACAAUAUCUUUGUGAUACCUGUGGUAAAACUUUCCCAGGACAUUAUCGUUUAAUUAGGCACAAACGUAUUCAUACAGGAGAGAAGCCACAUGAUUGUGAUAUCUGUGGCAAAUCUUUCUCUGAAAUUCGUCAAUUAAUAUCUCACAAACGUGUUCAUACAGGAGAGAAACCAUAUCACUGUGAUAUCUGUGGUAAAUCAUUCUCUCAAAAAUCUGGUUUAGUUGUCCACAGACGUAUUCAUACAGGAGAGAAACCAUAUCGUUGUAAUGUUUGUGGUAAAUCAUUCUCUGGAAGUGGCGACUUAACUAAACACAAACUCACUCAUACAGGAGAGAAACCAUAUAACUGUGAUAUUUGUAGUAAAUCAUUCUGUGUACGUAGUGCAUUAACUUUUCACAAACGUAUCCAUACAGGUGAGAUGCUUCAUCAGUGUGAUAUCUGUGGUAAAUCAUUCCCUAAGAAAUCUUCCUUAGUUAUCCACAAACGUAUUCACACAGGAGAGAAACCAUAUCACUGUGAUAUCUGUGGUAAACCAUUCUCUCAGAAAUCUUCUUUAGUUAUCCACAAACGUAUUCACACAGGAGAGAAACCAUAUCAGUGUGAUAUAUGUGGUAAAUCAUUCUCUCAGUCACAUCAUGUAAUUAUUCACAAAAACAUUCAUACAUGUUAG